AAGCAGGGUACAUACAUCACCUUUCGAUAUCAGACGCGAAUCCCGGGCACUGCGUUGCAGAUCACGCAGCAGGCACAUCCACGCACAUGUCGAGACCUCGGUCCUGAAGAUAACUAAUCCCAAAACUUCCACUUCACCUCGCCGAGUAGAGUCGAGCCCAACCACCGAGAUCAAAGAGCGGGCUGACAUCAAAGUUACCAUGUAAAUUUAGUUUCAUAAGCCAGCGACAACGUUAGAAGAUCCGGUCGGAGCAGAGACCGGCGCCUUUCGUUCCCUCAGUCCUCACCUUACCAUUCACCACACCAGACCGCGACAUCGUCGCCUCACCUUCACGCUAGCACCACGGCCGACGACUCCUCCGCUUCCUUAUGACAGCACAACGCUAGCUACCUCCGUCCUGCAUGCAUGUCAUGUCUCGCCCCCGGCGACGGCUGGACCUGUAGAAGGAGGAGGGAGCUGCAGAAUUCGGCGCGCCGGGAAGGCCGGAGGGGAUUCAUCGAUGGGGCUGCUGUCUCACCGGGUGGAGCGGUCGGAGAUCAAACCCGGCGACCACAUCUACACAUGGCGCGCCGGCUACGCCUACUCCCACCACGGAAUUUACGUUGGCGGGAGCAAGGUGGUGCAUUUCACACGGAAGAAAGAGGCGGGAACCGGCGGCUUGGACUCGGCCAUCGCCGUGUCCAGCCUCCUGUCGCAGGGCUCCGACGAGUGCCCGACCUUCCCGGACUGCGGCUUCCAGCUUCCCGACAGCUGCGUCAUCCUCACCUGCCUGGACUGCUUCCUCCGCGGCGGCGCCCUCCACCUCUUCGAGUACGGCGUCCCACCGGCGGUGUUCCUCGCCAAGCUCCGCGGGGGCACCUGCACGACCGCGCGGGCGGACGCGCCGGACGCCGCGGUGCACCGCGCGAUGCGCCUGCUCCAGAACGGGUUCGGGGACUACGACGUGUUCGAGAACAACUGCGAGGACUUCGCGCUCUACUGCAAGACCGGCCUCUUGCCCGCCGGCGACGACGAGCCGGGCGGUAUCGGGAGGAGCGGGCAGGCGGCCUCCGCCAUCGGCGUGCCGUUAGCGGUGCUGUUCUCCACGCCGUUCAAGCUGCUAGCCGCUGGCCCGCUCGGCAUGGCCGCUGCCACGGCCGGGAUGUACUGCGCCGGCAGGUACAUCACCGACAUUGGGGUGAGGAAGGACGUGGUGAAGGUGGAAGUGGAGAACUUGUCGGCGCAUCUCGGUUUUCGUCGCGCCAAGGUUCAAGAAUCGGGGAAGAAACAUUCUGAGAAGGCCAAGCGUUUGCUUCCUCUGAAGAGGAAACGUGAACGGUGACAGUGAUCACGCGAUUGCCUGAGGAAGUAGGAGCUGCUCCGCUGCUGUGUUUGCUCUGUGGAUAGCUUGAUAGCAAUAAGUCCGAUAUAGAUAUCGAAGCGUCGUGAAAUCUGCUUUGAUUUGGUUAAGCAUUCACUUUGUGUGAUCUAUGUUUUCACGAAUCGGAUGUGGCAAGGAGAUUGGAUAGUUGGACGAUUAUACUUGUACUUGUCAAUUAGAUUUGUUCUUUAA